AUGGAUAUCGAAAAUACAACACUCUAUUCAUGGAGAAGGAGCGUUGCCAAUGUAGCAACAUACCUGGAACUCAAAGGAGUAAUAGUGGAAGAAAGCAGGGAUUUUACGGUAAGUUUAAGAAACCACAACAAAGAAGUUUCAAACAACUUCUACACAAGCUGGACUCACAUUUCAGAUGCAAUCAGAGAAUGGUGUCAACUCAGAAAGGCGGAGGAGAUUUACAUUGACAAAGACAAGAACUUUUUCAAAAUUCAGCCAAUUGGAGAUGGAUCACAAGAAAAAGAGAUGGAAACUGAAGAUGAACAGGAAACAGAGAUGGCUGUGGAACCACAACAAAAUUGA